AUGCCAUCGGACUCGAGUUCUUCCGAUGAGAUGGACCGUUAUGUUAACCUCUUUGCAAUGGCAUAUCACGCGAUUGAUCAAGAAAUCCGCGAUACUGCCUCCUCUUCAAGGAAAUAUACAAAUAGAGAUGAUCGUAUGGAAUCCCACGACCGUCUUGUUCGAGACUAUUUUGCCUCCGAGCCAAAAUUUGAUGAAGGUUUUUUUAGACAACGGUUUCGGAUGAGUCGGCGGUUGUUUUUGAAGAUUGCCACAGAUUUGGAAAGCAACUUUGAAUAUUUUCAAAGGAAGUUCGACGCUCGUGGGAAGCUUGGGUUCUCGGCUUAUCAGAGAUGCACAUCCGCUAUUCGCCAGUUAGCAUACGGUUCUAAUCCCGACAACUUAGAUGAUUACUUAAAUAUGUCGGAGAGAUCAUCACGCGACACCCUUAAUGCUUUUUGUGAUGGAGUUGAACUACCUAAUGUUAAUCUUAAGAAUGGAAGUAACUCAAUGACAAAUGGGUUGGGUUUGGGUUUAGGAAAAGGGUAG